AUGAUUUGUGGGUGCAUUCAUUCGGAAGUCGUGAAGCGAAAGUGUGUUCAUUGAAUUUUGAAGUUUUUAAGUCGACGUGUAUUGCCGACAUACUUAACUAGACCCUGAUAGAAUUACCUAAAUUCAACAUUCGACAAUCACCACAGAACGAUUGCACACAUAAAAGACAGAGCUACCCAGGUUUAUUUGUAAAGUUUGCCAUGGGGCCUGAGUCCGUCAGAUCAACUUCCGGAACAGUUCACUUCCGGCAGCAACUACAGGAUCCCGAGUUCCGCCGGAAGUUCAUCCACACCUUGAUACUUUUCUUUGCGUUCCUAGCCAUGGGUAUUAGCCGUUCCCAACAUGGCCCGGCGUUCUUGGACUUUGCCCAGAUCACUGGGAGCAAUGUAGAGGAAGCAUCAGUCUUCUACACGUCCCUCGCGGCAGGGGGACUCGUGGGAUCAGCCAUCAUGGGUGUCCUCAUUGAGAAAGUAGCCAAGUACAGGCAAGGCCUGCUGGCCAUUUUUACCCUACUGAGCACUGUCAGUGACAGCGCCUUACCAUGGAGUACGAACUACGUCUUGACCAUUUGUCUAUUUUUUCUCAAUGGGACAGUAACAUCAGCUUUUGAUUCAGGUGGAACUUUUGACAUGAUGCACACGUGGGGUGUAGGAGGCAAGAUGUAUAUACGGAUUCUAUCCUUUCUCUAUUCCGCCGGAACGAUCAUAGCACCGUUCACCGUGGAACCCUUCCUAUCCGAGAAAAAAGACUACAACGCGACCUUCUGUGACAUACAUAACUUCCCGCAGUCUUAUAACUACACCGACGGACAUGUUGCUGUCAUCUUGAAUGAAACAACAUUCCCUAUUCCGGAGAGUUGUCUCCCUUCCGAAAGUCGCAUUCAGUACGGAUACCUGAUAGCAGGAGGGAUCAGUUUGCUAUCAGGAAUCAUGAUUACUGCAGAAUGCUUUUUAAGUCCUCAAAACGCGAAACGUGAAACAAGAAAUGAGAAACUUCGAAAUCCUAGGGUGCUUCCCAGAUGGUUGCGUCUGCUUGUCCUUGGGAGUGUGGGAGGCCUCUAUUUCUUCAACUGUUCUUCCAUCAGUGUCAUCAUUGGCUACAUGAUGGCGUAUUUUGUAAAUGACCUUGGAUGGAGCAAGGAAAAGACUGCCAACUUAACAUCGCUCUAUUGGGCGAGUUUCGCAGCCUCUCGCUUGCUGUGUAUGCUGUUGGAUCGAAUCCUUAACCCUCGUCAGCUUUUGUUUAUUUCUAAUGGUCUUGGCGUAUUGUCUGUAGGUGGUCUGUGGCUCAGCAUAAUUUAUAAAUCCGACCCAGGGAUAUGGAUCUGCAUGGUCCUUGCAGCUUUAGGAAUGUCAGCUAUAUUCCCAACUGGACUUGUGUAUAUUGAAAAUGACGUGAUGAAGGUAUCAGGGGUAGUGACGACAGUCAUCUGGAUAGCAGGGAGCUCGCAAGGAAUUCUGAUGCCUUUGUUGCUCGGUUACCUCCUUCAGAUGGUAUCCUACAAAUGGUACAUCUACCUCGCUUUAAUCGAGGCCGUUGUGGCCUUUGUGUUUUUUGAGUCCCUUGUUCUGAUUGUUAAGACGCUUGUGACGAAGUAUGGCUCUAUUGAAACGGAAAAUACAGUUGAUGAGGAGGAGACAUUUAUUGAGAAAAACGAUGGAACAGAGAGCAAUUGCGAAACACGAUUGAACGUUUAGACUUAACUUAUACAAAUAGUGAGUGAGUAUGGUUUAACGCCGCUUUUAGCAAUAUUCGAGCGAUAUCACGGCGGGGGACAUCAGAAAUGUUGGGAAUCGUUUCAGCUAUAUCCUAGCAUGUGUGCAUAAUAAUUAAAGGGUUCUGGUUCUGACAAACCAAAGAUCAUACCAAGGGGACAUCUGUUAUUCGAACCCACGAGGAGUGCGGAGCCGUGAGGAGUGUGGAGUGGAGAGGAGUGCAGAGCGGAGAGGAAUGGAUAUCAGUGGAACGACUUGGAGAGGAGAGGAGAGCGGAGAGGAGCAGAGAUUAGCGGAGCGACCUGGAGAGGAGAGCGGAGCAACCUGGAGAGGAGAGUGGAGCGACCUAGAGAGGAGAGAGGAGAGGACAGCAGAGCAGAGAGGAGAGCGGUGCGGAGAGGAGUAGAGAUUAGCAGAACAACCUGGAGAGGGGAGCGGAGUGGAGAGGAGAGGACAGCAGAGCAGAGAGGAGAGCGGUGUGGAGAGCGGAGCGGAGUAGAGAUUAGCAGAGCGUGUUGGAGAGGAGAGCAGAGCGGAAAGGAGAGGACAGCAGAGGAGAGAGGUGCGGAGAGGAGUAGAGAUUAGCGGAGCGACCGCGAGAGGAGAGCGGAGUGGAGAGGAGAGGACAGCAGAGCAGAGAGGAGAGCGGUGCGGAGAUGAGUGGAGAGUGGAGUGGAGUAGAGAUUAGCAGAGCCUGCUGGAAAGGAGAGCGGCUCCAUUGUGUAUUCAUUUUCGGCUCCAUUGUGUAUUCAUUUUCGGCUCCAUAAUGUAUUCAAUAUCGGCUCCAUUAUGUAUUCAUUAUCCAGUGCAAGAAGAAGGAAAUGAUUAUAUAUAUAAAUGUGUCACACUUUGCAUUUACAGUGGUUAAAUGCAUGAUUGUAACACAUGUAAACUAGCAAGUCCAGCCUCAUUGGACACAAAUGUACAUAAAACAUAUCAGUGAAAGUAUUGUAGCAUAUGAUCAUCCCUUACGUCAGAAAGCAUAAACACCAUUGCCACAAAUGCUAUGAUUGACAAACAAUUCCAAGCAUGAGUUCCGAAGUUGAUACUUCAGUUUAUGCAUUUAGUUUGAUUGUCGUAAGUCUGUCUGAAACUGUCUGUCCACACAAAAUGGGUUUGAAAUAUGGACAUUUUCUUUUUUUCAAAUGUUUACUUGCCUUAGAAUGUUUAUGUAUUAAUUCGGAAAUGAAAAUGUGUUUGAACAGUUUAUUCUCUCUACUAACCGGUACUAAAAUAAGAGGAUCAUAAAUGUUUCCACUGUGUGAAAUAUUGGGUUCACAUUGCUUUAUUUUCACAUGUACUGAUAGCCUUGCCAUCAUGUCACGUAUGACCUCAUUAACCUCUGGCUAAGCGAAACACGAUUAUGCAGGUUGACACAGUUCCAUCAGGUCACCAGUGGAGUGGAGUGAGUGAGUUAAAAUUUAACGUCACAUCAGCAAUAUUUCAGCCAUGUCGUGAUGAGACAAAAUUAUACAUUAAAAUUACAUAUAUUUUAGACUUAAUAAAAACCUGUCAUCGAUGGACAGUACAAUAACUAGAAUAUCACAGAUUCGAUUUAAAACUAGUUGAGAACAUUUAAAAAAACAAAUUAUCAGGAAACAACACUAUAAACACGGGCUAUAGAUCACCAGCAACUGAAGGUAGAUCACUAAACUAGGGACCAAGGUGACUUACAGUACCUUUGCUACCUGUAUGAACUCCAACAGGAUUUACACCAUCACUUCAGCCGGCGGCGAUUGUUGUCAAGUUUAGCCAUCAAUUAAAACAAAUAUAUCAUGAUUAAAAUGUGGUUGGCCUAAAUUUACUUUCAGUGAUGUGGAACUUAUGUACCCUCUCAGGGGGACAAUACUUUUACAGUACUUUAACCCCUUUGGAGGAUACGGCCACUAACAAUCUCAGUUGCUUAUUUAAUCUACCAAUUUAAAAACAUUUAGUUUUUACAACAUAUACAUCACAUUGGGUCAAAUAACUCUAUUGCCUUUCAAAAGUCAAUGAUUAAACAAGAAUUAAUACUAUUAAAAACAUCUUUAAUAGAUGAUGAUUUGAAAUAUGUAUCCCUUGUGAUGGAAACAUCAACACCGCCAAGCAGGACAUGCUUGAAUGUGAUACUUUCAUCACAGAGGGAUACAAAAUGGAUGAUCCUCACCUUUCAAUAAAUAUUCAUGUUUAUAUCUUGAAUGGCCAAUACGACAUCGUCGUAUAAUGACCUCUUCCAAUCUGGACUAAUAACCCAAGUAGGUGUAAGCGAUAGUUGGUUUUAUUAUAUGUUAUUUGUUAAUACCUUCUUGGGUGUCCCAUUUCUUUUGUAUUAGACUUCUGAUGUAACAUCUAAUUACAGGUUUAUAAUCACUGUAUGGAAUGACAAGUGGUGUCACAGAUUUGUUGAGUGCUGCUUUAGCAGCAGCAGCAACCAUUGAGUCCAACAUGACUGGGUAACCAACAAAAGACGAUGUCGUACUGGUCAUUGUAAGAUUGUUAUGUAAUUCUACAAUUGCUCGUAAAAGAUGAUGUUCAUAUGAAAUAUUCUUAAUGGCCUGCAGACAGGAAAGGGAAUCGGAAAAUGUGAUGAACUGUUUAUGUUUUUAAUAUUGCCUGUGAUUCUGCCGUAAACAUUGAACUGUUAUUUGGUAAUUGUCAAGAUCACAGAUAAUCUUGUAUGUAUUAAUUAAAUGUUAGUACUUUUGAUAGAUGUAUUGGUAUGGUUAAAUUAGUAUAUUGAGCUUGGCGGGUGGUUUUUGAAUACUGUCAGGUAUAACUGGGUAAUUUCAGGGAAGCGUGACUGGAUACGGCUGAUAGCUGGGGAGUUUAUUGGUGUAACAAUAGGGAGGUCAGGGGUAGCUUGGACUUUGGGGUCAGUUUAAAUAGCAGGGCAGGGUAAUAAUUUGUACAGUCAGCCAGAACCAGUAUGUUCAUAUAAGGCAUGGACUGACAUUGUGGGAGCUUUCUUCUCUGGUUGGCUGUCCCGGAACUGACCGGUCAUCCUUAUAAAUAAGGAUGUGUAAGGAGAGAAGUGUCUCCGAAACUGUGUUAGGAGCGAAAUAUCUCCGAUUAGUGUGAGCAUCACACAGCAUGCCUCUGUGGGAGUAGGAUGGCUACUGACGUGACAUUCACAUAACGGGCAAUUUCAUUGA